AUGAAUACAAGCAGUGAAAACAUCACCACUAUAAAAAGUAAAAACAUGAGCAAUAUGAAGGAUGGCUUAAUUGACUUUAUCGCUGGUUCAGUGGGUGGAGUGGCAUUAGUUUACGUUGGCCAACCAUUGGACACAGUGAAAGUAAAAAUGCAGACUUUUCCCAAAAUUUACGUUGGUAUGGUGGAUUGUUUUAUGAAGACAGUGAGAACAGAUGGAAUAGUUAAAGGUUUAUAUGCCGGUACACUACCAUCGAUUGUCGCUAACGUAGCGGAGAAUUCAAUAUUAUUUGCGGCUUAUGGUGGCUGUCAAAAAAUUGUGGCCAACAUAUUUGGUGUCCCCAAAGUUGAGAAUUUAAGUUCGUUUGAAAAUGCGUUGGCUGGAUUUUGCGCAGCAUUUUUCUCAACCCUUACACUAUGUCCAACGGAGCUAAUAAAAUGCCGAUUACAAGCAAUGAGAGAAGUGCAAUCUUAUAAUAAAACUGGGGGAACGAAUGUGAAAUACGUCGGCCCGUGGAAGCUGACAAGGCAAAUCAUCAAAGAAUCCGGGAUUUCUGGCCUUUAUAGAGGACUAACCUCGACGAUAGUUCGAGAAAUGCCAGGCUAUUUCUUCUUCUUUGGCGCGUACGAGCUGACGAGGGAGUUAUUGGCGAAACCAGAGCAGAAUCGAGAUGAAAUUGGAUGGCAGAGGACGAUGGUGGCGGGUGCCGUAGGUGGGACAGUUUUGUGGAUCGUCAUCUUCCCUGCGGAUGUCGUGAAAAGCAGAAUUCAAGCUCAAAAUUUGAAAACACCUGCAAUGGCAUUAAUGAAAGACAUUGUAAAGACUGAAGGUGUCAGUGCCUUAUACAGUGGCCUUAAACCAACGUUGAUCAGAACAAUUCCAGCAACGGCAACUUUAUUUGUUACAUACGAGUACACAAAAAAACUUAUGCAUCGCAUAGUUGAUUAACGGAUGGCUACUCAGUAAAACGAAUAUUUUCUUUUAUAUUAAUCAUGCCGCUAAGAGGAUUUUACGUCAAAGAUUUUAUCACUCAUUGAAAAAGGAUGUUUCUGUAAUGAUCAAUGUAUUAGUUUAAGAAUCAGAAUACGAUAAAAAACGCACAAAAUAAUCA